CGAUACAAUUGAGAGAAUGUUUCUUCAAUACGCCUUUGUUCUGAAGAACGGACGGGGACAUUUCCUGGCCCAUCGAAGCAGAUAUACAGCAUCCCGUCCCCUCGUUCAGAGUUUACAGUAGCCGGUCGCUCCAUUGCCCUUCCGGCGUUUCAGCCGCCAUGGUUCCCAGACCCGAGACGCUGCACGAUCUGGCCGAGGACUCCUACAUGAUACACCCUUCACCCAUCUUCGACUCCUUCACACACCAAAGCAAUCUCGUCCAACCGCCGUUGUUCCCCAGAAAUCGAGCCUGAGGCUUCAAAAAAUGGCUCAAAGCUCGAUGUGGUGCCACGUGCCAGCCUGGUUCAUCUGUUCCGUGACAGGGACACCGACCGGUAGCCUCUGUUCCGGAUCUUGACAUCCCUGCCUACCAUGGUGCCGGCCUAUGGCAUCCACUGACACAUGAUGGAUGGAGCUCUGAUGGUCAGACCUGUCCCCAUUCCUCGCUAAGAUUUCGUCACGGCAGGGACAGACUUUUCUCUAGAGCUGAUGGUGCAGAGUCCCAGACGUUUGAGGCACGCCAGUGCUGGAUCGAGGGAGUUUAUGCGGAAAGUGUCCAGGUACGGAGUAGACCAGCCCGAGGCCCUGGAGUAUAUAUGCACCGGCUUCUUUCAGUGCCCUUGUAUGUCUUUCCAGCUUGUUGACUCAGCUCGAUCGCGACCAUUCGUUCUCACCUUCACAUUCUCUUUCCGUUUGCAUCUUUCCCGUUCAAUUCAAAGUCGUUCCUGGAGAACUGGUCAGGCCUGUGGCCUAUAUUGUAUUACCACACCGGAUUCAACAAACUCGAUCUGCGAUCAGUCCACGCUCUCUACGAGAUUUACGACAACAUAAGCGUCUAACGACACUCAACCAAAAUGAAACCAGUCAUUUGUCUUUCCGUUCUCCUCGCUGCAGGCAUUGAUGUCACAGCUGCCCGUCCUGCGAACCUGCAUAUCAAGCGGAGUCAAAACCAUGGCAUGCAGACCCGAUCUCCGGUCUGGAAUACAAAACUUGGGCGACGUGAGGUGCCACAAGAACACUCACACGAGAAAUUCCUCACGACUGUCAACCAAUUCCUGAAGACGGACAAUCCGGACAACAUUGUGGAUGCUGUAUUUGGUCUCCUCGGCAACGCUGCCGCUUCCGCCGGACAGGGCGACAUAUCCAACACGGAUUGUCUUCAGCAAGCUACCGCCGACAGAGCCUUCACCAAUGCCAAAGCUGCCGGGGAUGUUGACGGUAUGACAGCUGCUUUGAUCUACAGAGCCCUCGAACGCAAUACCGGAGCUGUUGGACAGACGUCGGUUCCUUGUACGGCAAUCCAAGCCGUCAAUCCGGAAAUCGCGGCCAUUUCCCAGCACCAAGACCCAGCCUCUGACAACGCUGCCACUGUCAACAAAGACAUCGCUCUGGCGCUCGCUGUUCAGAUUGCCAACAUCGGCGGCAACCCCCUCGACGCCCUGCAGUCCGGCACUUUUGCUCCCGGUACGAUCGGUGACCCGACUGCAAAAGGGAACAGCUGUGACGACCAGAACGACCCAGUCGGGUGCAUCUUCACCCAGAAUCUGCUUGUCGAGGACGCCACCGAAGAUGAGGUCAAUGCUGCCGUCGCUGCCUCGGCCACUGCUUCUGCCGGAGCUGACUCGGCGGCGGCGACAGAAUGCGCUGCGCCCCCUGCUGCAGCCGACAGUACCACAUCAGCCUCAUCUACGGUAGCUACCGUCGCUGCCACUACGACAUCCGCCGCGGCGGUUGCUACCUCGACGGCGGCCGCAAGUGAGACGACGACGAGCACUUCCAGUACGACAACGGGAUCCUCCAGCCUGGAUUUCGGUUCAUGUCCCGACCCGACUAUUAUCUUCGCCGACGGUCUGGACGGGCGCAACCAGCCAGCCUUCGAGCCUCACGACCAGACGCUCUUCCCGCACGGGUCCGCGCUGGGUAUCAAGGUCAUUACGGACUUUAUUUGCCAGCAACUCAACGACAAGUGUAAAGCGUCCCAACAGGCCCUCGACGCAUGCAACCAGGGCGCCACCGCGGCACAGGCGCAAACGGGCCAGGCGGCUGCCGACGCCUUCAACCAGGCACUAGGCUUCUAGCUAGAUCACAGUACAUCCAUAGUCAAUGCACCAGCAGAGCAUAAGCGAAUGACAGUGGGACAUGCAAUAUCUUCUGGAUGAAGGGUUUCGCCCAACGUGCCCGGGUGGAGACGGGCCAUGGCAGCGAUGAUGGACUUGAAGUUUCUUCCGUAGCGCAUUUGUAUGUGUAUUUAGCACACACACAUAUGCAUUAUUUGAAGAGGAAUACUUUAACGCUGACAAACCGUAAACUUUUUGAUUCAAUACCACCCAAUAUUAC